UCCUAAUCUGGGGAAGCAGCUGGGAGCAUUUCACCACGUGACCCGGGAGAUGUUAGAGAGCAGCCAUCCCCGGUUCACCAAUUCAUAACCAGGCUGAAAUGGUAAAAGGUAAGACGACAAGGGAACUGAAAACUACGAUGGAGUAGCCGACGAUUUUUGAAGCCGUUGCCUGUACCGUCCACUCUGCCUCCUCACAACUUAGCAAGGUAAACCUCAAACAAGUCUCGUUCUCACCUUGACUGACCACAGCGGACGCAGCGGGACGAAGCUGCUUCUCGAAUUGCAGGAGCACAGUGGAGGAGAGGGUCUGAGGCUGAUUACUCCCCCCCCCCAUUAGUAUUUGAGAAGGGGGGAGGAAGAAGGGGCUGCUAUAAAUACUUGGAGCAUGGGGCAAAAAGUCCCAGGUGGCAUUAAAACCAUUGAUAUGCGGGACCCAGCGUUCAGCCCACUGAAGUUGGAGCUACAGGCCCUGAGUCACACCAAGCCGUCUCGACUGGAUCUGCUGCUGGACAUGCCACCCGCCAGCGUGGACGUCCAGGUCCAGCACUCGUGGAACAACGACGACCGCUCCCUCAACAUCUUCGUCAAGGAUGACAACAAGCUGGUGUUCCACAGGCACCCGGUGGCGCAGAGCACGGACGCUAUCCGGGGGCGUGUCGGCUACACAAGGGGACUGCAUGUGUGGGAGAUCAGCUGGGCCAUGCGUCAGAGGGGCACUCACGCUGUGGUCGGAGUGGCUACGAGUGACGCCCCGUUACACUCGGUGGGCUACACAGCCUUGGUAGGAAGCAAUGCUGAAUCCUGGGGCUGGGACCUGUGCAGGAGUAAACUUUACCACGAUGGCAAGAAUCACCCAGGAAAAACCUACCCGGCUUUUCUUGAACCAGACGACACCUUCAUCAUACCAGACUCCCUCUUAGUGGUGUUGGACAUGGAUGAGGGGACUCUGGGGUAUAUAGUGGAUGGACAUUAUUUAGGCGUGGCAUUCAGAGGACUUAAAGGCAGGAAGCUGUACCCUGUGGUAAGCGCUGUGUGGGGACAUUGCGAGAUACGAAUCCGGUACAUAAAUGGACUUGAUCCUGAACCCCUUUCUCUGAUGGACCUGUGUCGGCGUUCGGUGAGGGUGGCGUUAGGACGAGACCGCCUGAGUGAAAUCCAUAGACUGCCCCUGCCAGCCUCCCUCAAGAACUACCUGCUCUACCAAUGAUCGGGCUCACAGUUGCAGCACGCCCUCGUUCCUUUCUUUCUCUGGGAUCACUCUUGGGUCAAACCCGUUUGACAGCAUUGCUCAAACCUCCAGAACUGACUCUGCCUUGCGGAUGAUUCAACAAGUAUGCUUCUGUGUCGGUGGCUGGACUCCUUUUUGAGUUUCUUAUCUUGUUUUUAUGACUCUUUGCAUUUAUAUUCUCUAACUUUAUGAAAUCAGGAAUCACUGAACACUAUGCACACGCUGAUCCGGUUCGAAGCCCUGACAGUCACCACGUUGGUGUCAAGGUUUCUGGUGAUGGGGCGCAAGUGGUCGGUACCUCUGCUGUGACCUCCAGAUUUUUGGUUAAUGCAUUUCUGUUUAACAGCUCUCUGAGAUAUAAUUGUUACUGAGCUAAAACACUGAUUUGUGAAAAUUGGAAGUAUUGGCCCAGCAGUGCACUGCCAGUAUAUGACCAGAAGGUGGCAGCAAACACAUCCCCCCUCAUAAUGAGCCUUAUAGCAUGAACUCCUAAUGGUUUUUAACAGUUGUGAUUUUUAAGUAGAUGAUAAAUAAUUGCUGUUCACACCCCAGACAAAGGAGAUGCUGGCCACUGUGUAGAGAGUCUGCAGUGCAGCGUGGCUGAAUGCACUGUGAGGCAGCUGAAGAGCAGCUCCACCACCCGCUGCACUGUCAGGCUUCUCUUUUACAAAGACGUGCCCCAUCACUAGUCCUAGGGCGUCCGACGGGAACACCAUCAGCAGAAAUUUUAACGGAAAGAUAAUGUCACUGUGAUUAUUUGUAGCAUGCAUCUGCAGGAAUCUUUUUCUCAACACAGUCGCAUCUUUUUAUCAUAUAUCACUCCUGCUUUUUGUAGUGCAGUCAGUUUUCAGCCACAUGCCCUUGAGGCCCAAGAGUUUUUAAAACUAGUUUCCCUGGUUUGCACAAAUUAAGCCAGAGAAUGAAGAACCCUGCUACUCUCGGGUCUCACUGGCACAUGGCUGAGGACCAUUGUUGUAGUGUUUUGUGUUUAUGAGCUGUCGAGAGCGGAGUUGGGGGGGGUCUGAGGACCGGAAAUCGGUAAACUUCAGUUUUAAAGCACCAUACUGACAGAAAACGACAAUCCACAAAGAGCUGCACAAAAAAGAAAACAAGGUCCGAUUGCCAACAUAUUGUCAGAUGCCAUAUCAGACCUGUCGAGUAGUAUUUUUAAAUGUGCAGAUGUGGGAUAUGUUCGGCUCUCAGCUGUACGUCGACACACUCUGCUACACAUGACUUUUCCUUGCUUGCAGCUUCCACUUUAUUUGUAUCUCUUGUAGAUUUGUUUCUAAGUAUCUAUUAAAGAUUAUGUCAACUGA